GGAGCGUGAGAGAGUGAGGGCAGUAAGGGAGAGAGCGUGAGGGGUCAGAGUGACAGAAGAGGGAGAGAGUGAGAGGCGGGCAUGAAGUGAAGGAGAGUGUUUGCCCCGUGUCGCCGUGAGCAGCAAGAGGAGGAUGGCGGCGUGAGAGGCCGCGGAGGGAUCUUUGUUGUUGUGCGGUCUACAGGGACCAGCCCACAUCCCCGUAAGACCCGGUUCCCAUGGGGCAGCCGUGGGAGCCGCAGCGCCGGCAGGCCGCGGGGGCCCAGGUGGCGCUGCUCUUGGUGCUCGCGCUGGCGCUGGGGGGCGUCGGCGGCGCCGUGGUCCGCUCCCCCGUGCUCUGCCUCGCGGGCCUGGCGCUGGCGGUGGCGCUCACCCACGCGCUGCUGCUGCUGCUGUUCCUGUGCGUCGCCUCCCGCCGCCGCCACGCGUCCCGCAGGGCCACGCUGACCGCCAAGGUGCGAGUGGCGGUGAAGAGCUGUGCGUACCUCGCACUCUCUUGCCUGUUCUUCCAUGCGGUCACCGUUCUCUUUGGAGCACCAGUCAUUCACCUGGCCCGGGAGACGUUCGUGUUCUCGAUUUUGCUGACCACCUUCACAGCCCUGCCAUGCCUCUGCAUCCUCGGUCCCAACCUCUCCGCCUGGUUGCGCGUUUUCACCAGGAGUGGGGCGGUGUCUGUCUGGGAGCAGGGCCUGUGUGUGGGCACCAUGUGCACACUGAUGGGCGCGUGGCUUGGAGCCCUGCCCAUCCCCCUGGACUGGGACCGGCCCUGGCAGGCCUGGCCCAUCACCUGCUCCAUGGGGGCUGUAUGCGGUUACGCACUGGGCCUCCUGCUGUCGCUGCUGAGACUCGCCAGGAACGGACCCGCAGUGGGGCACAAGAAGAAGCCCUUGUGAUGCCUACGUGUGCAGCGCCCAGCCUGGAAAGCAGCGUUUCUUAAUUCCAUUUCCAUUGCGUGUUUAUCGGGCGGCCGUAUGCCCUGGGUCUCGAGUGCUGUGCACCUGGCCGGUGUUAAAGGGAAUGAUCGGUUCUGUAGGGAAUCGCCAACACAGCUUUCUACGAAACACAUUCGUCAACACCACGGUCUUAAAAGGAAAAAUACAUGAGGUGACAUUUUGAGCAAUGACCCUUCUUCACAGCAGAUAAAUGCUAUAAAUUGAUGUGCUAUAUAAAGACCGGAAACAAAAACAAUUUUGUUUUUUUCCCUUUUAAGGCCACGUUUUCUUCAUGAUUAUGUUGAAUUUUGUGUUUUAGGCAUAAAAAAAUAACACUUAGUACCCAAGAACAAAUGUUGUGUUACAUAGUGUAAUUAAUGAGAUUGUGCGAAAAACACCAUUUGACAUGUUAUUGCUAAUUUAGCAAUAUUAAAAAAAAUCUCUACAAGUCCAUCAUCUCCAGUGUUAAUUUCUCUCUCAGCUAAUGAAGAAAAAAAAGAUUGACAUUGACUCUGCCUCUUUGUAACUACAGUGUUGCCUAUCCUUGCUAUAUACAUAUAUAUUAUUCCAGUA